AAAUAAGCGUUCUUACACGGAUAGAUUUUUAACCAAAAAAUACGAAAUACAAUACAGCCCUGUUGCCUUCUCAAGUUCUAAAAUCGUCCGUACUAUUUGAAGUUGCUUUUAAAUUUGACAUUUUUGUUUAGUUUGGGACAUUAUUUGUUGAAGAGGAAGUAUCCAAAUCCAGGAUUUAUUUAGUUCCGAUUUAGGAACUUAUUUUUGGUUUUGUAAGGUUGAGGGGUUUUAUCACUUCCCGAUUCUUUUUGCUUAUAGCUGAUUAAAGAUUCUUAAAGUUUGAGAAAUCGAACAAAAAAGCUACCCUAGACAUAAUUUUUAAAAAAAUCUUUAUUUCCAUUUGUGUGUAUUUUUGUUUUUAUGGCAUAGAAAUAAGCGUUCUUACAUAGAUAGAUUUAUAAUCAAAAAAUACGAAAUACAAUACACCCCUGUUGCCUUCUCAAGUUCUAAAAUCGUCCGUUCUAUUUGAGGGCGCUUUUAAAUUUGACAUCUUUGUUUAGUUUGGGACAUUAUUCGUUGAAGAGGAAGUAUUCAAAUUAUUUCAUAAAAAUAAAUUGAAUAAGUGCUCUAAAUUACACAACACUGAAUUCAAUUAUUCAAUUUUUCAGUACCAUUUCUACUAAGUAAGCAACCGAUGGUCCUGCCUCGCUCUUUUAAAACCGGCUUAAUUUUUGUUUAUUUUUGGUCGAUUAUAUUUUCGAUACACAACUAAUAGUAUUUACAUAUCUUUGCUUUAGAUAACGUAUCAUGAUGAUAACACUGGUAAACUGCACUUAUGAACGAAUCUACUAGAUUCUUUAAAUUUGAAAUUUGGGUGCAUCAGACAAAGAAAUGUAAUUUGAAAAAUGUUCAUGGUAGGAUUAAAUGCUGCCCUUUUUUGCUUGUGCCUAUUUUGUGUAAAGGUUUUAAGUAAGGUUGCCAAACAAUGUAGCUCAGACAUAACUGGAUCAGAAAUUUGUUCAGGAGAGAAGGAAUAUUGCGAUCCAGUUAGUAGAAAAUGUCAGUGCCUCCCCAACUACACCGAGGAAAAUAAUCAAUGUAUACCUCUACCGAUUAACCCUGAUUGUUCUGAUCUGGCUGACAACCGAGGAAAUGGAUCUCUCAUAGCUGGCAUUUUAAUUCCACUGUUUUUAAUUAUAAUUGUGAUAUGUAGUAUUUAUGUAGUUAAAAGGUAUGAGUUAGGAACCUGGAUUAGAAGCAAGUUGCAUAGAAGAAAUCAUAAUUAUGAUGAAGUUAUGAUUGGUCAAGAUUUAAAUGAUGAUGAUGAUCCUCCUCUCGCUUAAAUAUUCUAUAUUUUUUGUUGCUUCUUCAGGAAGAAUUAUUUUUUAUGUUGAAAGCGUACAGUUGGGAAUAUGGAAUAUACAAGUUGUUUGUA